AUGUCUGCAAGCUCUGAUAAUGAAGACUCGGCACACUCUGAAAUAGCAGAGCGUUCGAACUCCCAACCCUCUCUCGAUACUCCUAAGAUGAAGAAAUCCUUGAUUGUCAGUCUGCGAUACCGUGCGAGCAAACCGUUCGUCAUGAAAUUUGAACCUGGAGGGAUCGUUGAUGCUCAACUUUACUAUCUCCACUCUGGCGUGGACUCUAACUUCACAAUCAAAUGUCAAGACCGAAUCUGGAAGGUCAACAAGGGCCUCUUGGGUCAGAGGUGCGAGUACUUUCGGGCUGCUGCGCAGUCUGGCUUCUCCGUGCGUUACGCCGUCGUCUCAGUCUUUGGUGGGGCUAAUCAAAUGGAGCAGGAGCAAUCGACUGGACUUCUCACACUGGAUAGCGAGGAUCUAGAUAUCAUCAACGUCCUACUAGAGUCUAUUUACACAGUUAACCGUUCAAGACCAUUUGACGGCCACAUGGCAAUUUUUAUUAACCACAAGGAAUUAUCGGGGCAGCUGAAACACCUCAUUUCUGUUGUGAUUGCGGCAGACAUGUAUUUGGUGCCUGCGCUCGUGGAAGCGGCUGGUAUGAAAAUCGACCAACAGUUGUCCGGAAUAUUGUGGGGUCUCCGGUACGUGAAUAAUUACAUGACAGAAGAGCUAUUCUCUAGUCUACUGGAAGCACUCUACCCGAAUCGAGAUUCCUCAGCAGUAGAAGUUUAUCAGGUCCAGUUUAUUCGUGCUAUCAUCCGAGCGAAGGGUGACAUCGCACAGAAGCUUAUUACUGAGGGGCACAUGAAGAAAUAUCCUAAGCUAGGGCUGACCGUGAUGGGGAGCAUGGAAAAAAGAUGCAGGACAAAGUGCAAGAGAAAGAGCGAACAAUAA